UAGAAAGACAUUGAAAAAGAGAAAGAAAAAAAAGCAGAGCAAAACAGAGUAAGAUACAAAUUUGAAAACAAAAGCUGAAAAACUUUAGGAAAAAUCAAUCAUUGGGUUUGUUACCGUUUGAGAAAUAUGGAAGAAAUUGUCUUGCUAGUUGAUGAUUUGAGGUUACUUUCAGGAAUUUCUCGCUGUAGAAUAUGCCAUGAAGAAGAAUUUGAAAGCUCCAAAACCUUGGAAGCACCUUGUUCUUGUUCUGGAACCGUUAAGUUUGCUCAUAGAGAUUGCAUACAAAGAUGGUGUAACGAAAAAGGAAAUACAACUUGUGAAAUAUGUCUCCAGCAAUAUGAACCUGGAUAUACAACUCCUCCUCCUAAGAAAUCUGAGAUAAAUGAUGAAGCAAUGUCCAAUAGGGAUGAGGAAGAAGCUUCAGACAGAAGAAGAGAAAAUGUGGUGGAAGGAAUUGUAAUAGAAAGUGAUUGCAGUUCUACAGCUGACAGAACCGCGUCUCAUUGUCGAUCACUUGCAUUAGCUUUUACACUUGUGUUACUAGUAAGACAUUGUUUGGUAGUUCCUAUAAGUGGAGCGGAAGAUUACCCAUUUACACUUUUUACCGUCAUCGUACUAAAGGCUUGUGGAAUUAUUAUACCCAUGUACAUAGUUACCAAGACAAUCGGAAUCAUUCUGAAUAGCAUUCGGCGCUAUAGAGGUUCUGACUAUGACUCGUCAUUUUCUGAUGAAGAUGGCAGAAAUGAAGAAAAUGUAAUAUAUUCGUAGGUUUUUUACUUCAAUGUGUAACAGAGUAUCAUGAAUAAUGAUGCUCGUUCAAUUUCAAAAUUUUCCAAUACAAAUAUAGACAAUUGAAUUCUAAUCAAAAUACAUCUUCAGAUUUCCUCUGCCUAAUGCAGUAUUAAA